ACCCCUUAAACCCUCGUCAAAACCGCUGCUCACUGAAUAUUUCCAUUUUUACCCUUUCCUCGCCCCUACCCCCGCCACCGCCGCCGCCGUCGCCGCAGCCAUGGCGUCGCGGCGCUGUCUCCUCCGCUUCCUCUCGAUCCGCCUCGUUCCUCAGAGAUCUCAACCUCUUGCGCCGAUCUCGACUGCGACCCGGACCCUAACCUCUUUGUCCGAGGCCCUCGGCUCCCCAGCUCCCCGGGCCCUCGCCUCCCCCCGGCUGUACUACCCCUCGCGCUGCCACUUCGCGACCCGCUCCUCCGGCGACGAGGACGACGGAGAAGACGAAGAAGAGCACUACGACGAUGAGGGGAGCGAUGGGGAAUGGGGGGACGAUGAGGAGGUGGUGGCGGCGAAGAAACCGAGCGGGAAGACCGAAGAGGAGAAGGUAGCGGAGGCGGCGGAGAUCGGCUACAAGGUGUUGGGACCGCUCGGGGCUGACGAUAAACCCUUCAAGCCCUACGAGCCCGUCUUCGCCGUCGUACAGAUCGGCUCGCACCAAUUCAAGGUGAGCAAUGGCGACUCCAUCUUCACGGAGAGGUUGAAGUUCUGUGAUGUGAAUGACAAGUUGGUCUUAAACCGAGUUCUCAUGCUUGGUUCACAAGCUCAAACAGUUAUUGGGAGGCCAAUACUACCUGAUGCUGCUGUUCAUGCUGUUGUAGAAGAACAUGCCUUAGAUGCAAAAGUGAUCAUAUUCAAGAAGAAACGGAGAAAAAAUUACCGCCGGACGAAGGGUCAUCGACAGGAAUUGACAAAACUGAGAAUAACCAACAUUGAAGGAAUAGAUAAGCCAGAGGCUGCUGCUGUUGCUACCUAAACCCAGGGCAAAGAGAGAAAGUAACAGUGCCUUUUGUUUAUGGCAGCAAGGCCUGCCUAGGCAAUCAUUCUGGCGGGUUGUGUUAGUCAAUACCAGUGAAAUGUCGCUUCUUUUCUUGUUUUAAUUUGAAGGGUAGAACCGUAGAAGCUGUCAGCAUUUACGAUAUCUGACAUGAUGCCAAUGUACCGAGCAGUUUGGGUGGUGUGGAUCAGCUAUUGUAGUUUACAGUGGCACCCAUUUUUUUCAUUUUUGGUUAGCUUUUCUGUUCACAUCCUUUACAUGUGUUCUCAACUCCUGAUAUAUCAGUUACAUGUUGACGGCUAGAGUGUAAUAAUGAAACCGCGGUGCGUCGUUUCGAUGUCUGAAAACUGUAAGACCUGGUUUAUGCAAACUUUACACUUGCCU